GUGGUUGCCAUGAGACUUCAGUGAAGACUUUCGUUUUCCUUUCCCCGGUUUAGAUGCGGAGCUGGUAUCGACUGUUGGGAGAAAAAUGGCUGGUUUGGAGGCGAUGUACACCUGUGUCGCAGAUAAAAUCGAGUGUCCGCAGGACGCCGUCGUGUGCUUGGUUCACUGGGAAAUGAUAAAGUAUGGCUACCGGUGCAUCGGAUCUGGAGACGAGCCUAGCAGCCGUGAUAAAAAGUCAGAGCUGCUUCCUGCUGACUGGAGCAGCAACAAGGAGCUGUACAGCCUGCGUUACAGAACCAGCGACACAGAACCCGUGAUGGUGCUGAAGGCCAUCGCUGUGGACUCCACGCUCAUCUUCAACUUAAUGAACUCCGGCACUAAGCAGGUUUCAGACCUGAUGGUGAACGUCAGCGACCACGUCAACGCCGAUCAGCUGCACUCCUUUGACAGCGUGUUCAGAGACGCAGACGAUUUGUCUGAGAAGGUGAAGGCUCAGCUGUUGCCCCGCCCAGAGAAAGCGCCGGAGCGCAGCAGACGGGAGGAGGGCGAGUCGUCUCAGAGGAGGCGGGAGGAAGACGGCGACCCCCUGCGGCUGCCCUGCAGACACCCCCGCCACGGGCCGCAGCCUCACUGGCCCGACCCACUGAAUCCUCCGUUCGCAGCCGGAGGAGCAGAUCUGGAUCCGUUUGGGUCAGUGGGUGGGGGGGGGAUGAUCGUGGACCCUCUCAGGUCCGGGUUCCCUCGCUCCGGCUUUGACCCGUCCAGCGGGAUCCCAGACAUCCUGCCUCCUGGAGCCGUUCCUCCGGGGGCCCGCUUCGACCCGUUUGGACCCGUGGGACGCCACAGACCGGGGCCCGACCCCGACCACAUGCCGCCGCCUGGAUACGAUGACAUGUUCAUGUAGCGCCCGCCGCUGAUUCCUGCUUCCAUUACUCCUGCUCACACCGCAGAACCGGGUCCGGUCUGGUUCUGGUUCCGGUCCGGAACCACCAUGGAUCGCCCAAUGACUGGCAGGAUUUUCUGAAAAUGAAAAAUAAAAUAUUCAUUCAGACUCCUUUAAGGUUUAGAAAUGCUUAUGAAUUUUUUUAUUCUGCACAGAUUCAGAUUGACCCUGAUGUGACCCUGACCUUUGACCUUUCUGCUUGUUAUGAUAAACCUACAUAUCUAUAAUUUCUUUGUCUGAGCAUCUCGCUGAGAAAUGAGUGAAUUAAAGCGACGCCUCAGAGAGAAAACUCCCUGUUUGGAUUAUUUUGACUUACAGAAAUGUUUGGGAAUAAUUUCCAUUUCUUCAGAAAAGCAGAACUUUGCUGCUUGUUUGUUUGGUUGUUGAUUUUGAAACGUGGCCGAUUAAUUUCUGCCAAAUAUUCUAAUAAAAACUGCAAAGUUGUUACUGUU